AUGGGCGCCGACAGGAGCCACGGCUCCGGCUCCUCGAAUACGGAGGCGGUCGCAUCCGGAUACGACGAGAAGACACCACUACUCCAGCAGGCCCAGAAGGGCCCCUACGAAGAUACCAAGCGGCGCAGGAUAUGGCUGUAUCCCGCGCGCAUAUCCGACGGCAUUGCCGCUGUGGUCGGCGUGCUGGUGACCCCCUUUGUGUAUACGGGGCAGUGUCUGGUCGCCGCCUUCUACUACGAGGAAGACGGCCACUUCUCCUUUCUAGCACCUGUCUACAACAUCUCGCGCACUUUUACGCGUGCACGCCGGAAAAAAGUGGCGGCGCAUGCAUCAUCGCGAGCCUCGGCUGCCCCAGACCGUAGCGAGAAGGGAGUGCGCAAGAGUCGCAGUUCGAGUGUCGCGCAACCAGUCAUGAAGCAACCCACGAGACGUUCACUGUCAAUAGCAUCAACCUCGACCGCCAUGACGUCCGAUUCCGAAAGCGAGCGAUCUCCCACACGCGACGACGACCUGGACAGCCCCUCCCGCCACACUCGCUCCAAAUCGAGCGCAACUGCACGAGCAGACGAAAUCGCCCCAGCCAAAAGGUCGAUACGCAUCACCCUGCACCACAACGAGGAUGCUCUGAGGCAACGCAAGGCGGCGAAAAAGGCCCAAUCGUCAAGGGCCGACUCCAUCUCCUCCGAGGCGCCCGCUUCCCUCAAGUCCCCCACUGGCCCGGCAUCUGCGUCGUCGAAACAACUGACCAAGUUCCCACGGGCGCCCCAACCCCCGCGUCCCUUGGUGCCACGCCGCCAGCCGUCAUACUCUGCAAAAGGCGUAUCCGCCGUUGGACCACACCAGAAGACGCUGAUCAUAGAUCUCGAUGAGACGCUCAUUCACAGCAUAGUCAACGGCGGCCGCUUCCAGACCGGCCACAUGGUAGAAGUGAAGCUUCAGGCUUCGGUUGGCGCGGAUGGACAGGUUAUUGGCCCACAAGUGCCGCUCCUGUACUAUGUUCACAAACGGCCGUAUUGCGACGACUUCUUGAAAAAGGUCAGUAAAUGGUACAAUCUGAUCAUAUUCACCGCGUCGGUUCAGGAGUACGCAGAUCCCGUCAUUGACUGGCUCGAGGUGGAGCGCAAGUACUUUGCAGGCAGAUACUAUCGACAGCACUGCACUGUUCGUAACGGGGCUUACAUCAAGGACCUUGCUCAGGUUGAGCCCGAUCUCAGCAAGGUCAUGAUUCUUGACAACAGCCCCUUGAGCUACGUUUUCCAUCCAGACAAUGCCAUUCCCAUCGAAGGCUGGAUCAGCGACCCAACAGACCAUGAUCUGCUGCACCUUAUCCCACUGCUUGAGGGCUUGCAGUAUGUCACCGACGUGCGUGCGCUGCUUGCGCUUCGGCUCGGCAUGCCCGCAUCCGCGUAA